ACAAGGAGAGGGGCCGACUUUGGCAGAAGUCGUGACAGUGCUGUUUUGACAAAGAUACAGUCAUUCAGGUGUUGACCGCCCGCGUCAUCGCCGUGCCAUGAAGGCAUUUCUCUUUGACAAAAUAUGGUGUCCUAUAGGAUAUACUACACCCUUAAUGAUAUAGUGAAGUCUUGUUACCUUCUAGGAUCUCUGAGGAAUACAUACAAACGUCAUUUGACUCGUUGAAACAACGUUUAUUGAGAAGAAGGUUUAGGGAUUUGGUUACAGAACAUCAUGUAUUUUUGACUAAAACAUGCAUAACGAGUCCUGUUAGCACCAUGACUAUCGGGAUUUUUGGCACGUGGGACCAUCAGUUCAAUGCCACUGAGCAAGCACUCACAGAUAAGAUCAAGAACAACCCUUGCUAUCCAUUCACUAUAGUGAAGGACGUGUUUGUUCUUGAAUACCUGCAUGAAAACAUCUGGAAAGGUUCACUGCUACUGAUCGCUUCCACCAUUGGAACUGCCUGUUACAUGAACAUGGAGUUUGGGGACCAUCACAAGUAUACUGGGUUCCUGGUGUUCAGCAUGUGUCUCUCUCUGUGGCUGGUUUGUUCCGGGGCCUUCCGCCGGCGCCUGGUGAUCGAUCACAAGAAGAAGGAGUACCGCUACUACAUCCACACACACCUACGCCACAGGGGCCCCUUGCACCAGAUCUACAUACGCAUGAUAGCGCAGAAGAGUGGACAGGUACUGCUGAUGUACAAGCUGAUGCUGAAUGGAUACAAGAUUGAAGAGAGGGAACUCAGUGGCUUCUCAGAGAAAUAUGAGCUGUUGGAGUGCCAGGGCAGGAGGAUAGCAACGAAACUCAACCUCAAUUACUUUGACUACCAGGACACUUCUAAACGCCACCUUGUCAUCCACAGGCCCAAAAUCAUCCUGUCUGCUAACAAUGAUCGCAACAAUCCACCUGUCUGAGGAUGAGGAAGUUCCUCUGUGAUCAAUCACAUGGUGCUGUCAGUGUCCCUGCCAUGCAGCCUUUACCCUAUCCUUAUUCCAUAAACAGACCAAAUUUAAAUAUUGUGUUUCUAACUGUAAUCAAAUGUCUCUGUCUUUUUCAUGAUAGUUUUCUGAAAUAUCUCUUGAAAUCAUUGAUUUGGUCUUCAUCCUGUAACACCAACACAGUUCUUGAGAAUGUAAGAAUGAAACACUAACAAUGUUUUACUAGCCAGAUCCCGCCUUCCUUCUAGAAUGACCCAAUGAAAAUACAGAAAUAGACAUUCACAUAAAUUAACAGGGCCAGUGUGUUUAUCGCAGCGCAGCGGUCUAAGGCACUGCAUCUCAGUGCUUGGGGCGUCACUACAGACACCCUUGUUUGAAUCCAGGCUGUAUCACACCUGGCCGUGAUUGGAGCCCCAGCGGCGCACAAUUGGCACAACUUUGGCCGGGGUAGGCCAUCAUUGUAAAUACGAAUUUGUUCUAAACUGACUUUCCUAGUUAAAUGAAGGUUAAAUAAAAAAUGUUUUAAAAAAAAUCAGGGUUGCCAUGUUCGUGAUAUUCUAGCCAAUUGGGCUACUUUGAAAACGAUGAAAAUCUAUUGAUCGUAGGGGGCGGGUUUUUGGAAUAAUUCUAAAUUGCACUGCGGCUGCCAUGGCAUUUAUCUUAAAAAAUAUUAAUACAGUAUAUUUCAUUGUGACCUGCUGCUGCUGACUACUAGGCUGUUACAGGGGGAGUGGAGGGGAGGGGGAGGGCCAGAGGGGUGUGUGUGUGCGUUGAGAGCACUGGUUGAGAUAGUGCUGCUGCAGAGGCAGCUGAGUCACCGCGACAGAGCAACACGUCAUGACAAUUUUUUACCAGUUGUAGGUAGGCUAUUUAGAUAUGUCAUUAUGGAGACAUUAUUUUUCCAUAAAACAUAUUAACGCUUUAGAACUUACAUAACAGCAACAAAGCAUUGGAAAACGACUUCAUCUGCAUUGUUUGGGGUUUUAGGCUGGGUUCCUGUAUAGCACUUUGUGACAUCUGCUGAUGUAAAAAAAAGGCUUUAUAAAUACAUUUGAUUGAUUGAGAUACAUUCUAAAUUGCAUUCUAAUGCCGACUUUUCUCACGGAUAACCGUGUCAAGCUAAGGGUUUUACUCGUGCUCAGAUCUAGGAUUUAAAAUUGAAGUUAUGGAACUCCCUCGCGUGCUUCUGUUAUGGGGGAAAAAGUCCACAAUGAAAAUGACAUUAAAUGUGGAGAAUGAUGGGGGACAUUUGCAUUUGUUGGCCAUCAAGUAGGCUAUUAAUUGAUAUGGCAUGGCAUUGUAUAGCCUACCAUUUGCUACAAUAAAUACGUUGAAUUUACGAUAUGAAUGGAGUCAUUGCAAAUCAAUUUGUGCCACUUGUGCAGCCCACCUGGAGCUGGUAAACGGUUUUAAUAAAUUGCCUAUAACUCA